AUGUUGGCCCGGCCAACCACCUCGCACACCCGUGCGCCCCGUCGGGCCGUCAUCCGCGCCGCGGGCGGCAAGGACAAGACCGAGGCCAUCACCGGCGUCGUGUUCCAGCCCUUUGAGGAGGUCGCCCCUGUGCUGAAGGACACCAGCAAGUCUGGAGCCCUUAAUGACCCCCGCCCCGAGCACAGCUUUGCUCGCUACUCCACCUGGACCGAGACCGUGGAGGCCGCGGUCAACGAGCAGAUCAACGUGGAGUACAACAUCAGCUACGUGUACCACGCCAUCAGCACCUACUUUGACCGCGACAACGUGUCCCUGCACGGCAUCGCCGAGUACUUCCGCAACGAGUCAGAGGAGGAGAAGUCCCACGCCCAGUACCUGAUUGACCUGCAGAACACGCGGGGCGGUCGCGUGAAGUUCAACGCCCUGGUCCCGCCCGAGGCCAACUAUGACCACCCGGAGAAGGGUGACGCGCUGUACGCCUUUGAGCUGGCGCUGGCCCUGGAGAAGCUCAACUACUCCAAGCUGCUGGGGCUGUGGGAGGUGGCGGACAAGAACUCCGACGCGCAGACCACCCAGUUCAUUGAGGACAUGCUGCACGAGCAGGUGAAGGACAUCAAGCAGGUGUCCGACUAUGUCGCGCAGCUGCGGCGCAUCGGCAAGGGCCACGCCGUCUGGCACUGGGACCGCGCCCUGGCUGAGGGCAAGGUGGAUCACCGCGCCGUCGAGUCCCCCAAGGCCUGA